GGGUACCCACAUAUAAUAAACCGUAACGUAAUAAUAGACGCUUAAUUGUGAUUUUUUAUUAUGGAGGAGAAGAAGGAGAAGGAGGGCGAAGCGGAGAUCCAGGAGCACGGUCCCGAACAUUGGUUCUCCAAAUGGGAGCGGCAGUGUUUGGCCGAAGCGGAGCGACAGGAGCCGAGCGACGACGAGGCGGAGCAAAGUCGGCAGAAACUAUGGCAUCUUUUCCAAAAUUCAGCCACUGCGGUCGCACAGCUAUACAAAGACAGAGUUUGUCAACAGCAGGGUCUGUCUCUCUGGGUUCCCUUCCAGAACGCAGCUACUGCCGUCACCAACCUAUACAAAGAGUCACUAGAGUCCCACCAGCGGAGCUAUGAGUUGGGGGUCCAGCGGGCGUACCAGCGUCGUAAUAAAGACAUGCUGGCCUGGGUGAAGAAGAGGAGGAGAAACAUCAGGAGGGAGGACCUCAUCAGCUUUUUGUGUGGCAAGGCCCCGCCCCCACGCAACCCCCGUCGCGACGCACAGACACCCAAACACGGCCACGCCCUCUCUGUGAUGUCGCCCGGCAGGCCGCCGUCCACGGAGAGCGGGUCGUCUGUCGAGGCUGACCUGCAGCCCUUCAGAGAGGCCAUCGCACUGCACGGCCUGAGUGGGGCGAUGGCCAGUAUAUCCGUUCGUUCCGGUGCCCCUGGCUCUCCGACGCACCUAACACGCGACAGCCCCGCCACUCCGCAGCCGGGUCGUAACCGUAGGAACGGUCUCCACGACGUCGACCUGAACACCUUCAUCGCCGAGGAGAUGGCGCUCCAUUUGGAGAACGCCGCGGCCACUGCUGCAGCCAAUAGGAAGAGGGCGUCUGCCCAGUGCAGUGACGUCAUCACAGACUCGCCCACCCAUAAACGCAACCGGAUGCUCUGAGUGUCCCCGGAUAUCACGCACACACACACACAUCGACCACACACGCACACACACGCACAUCGACCACACACGCGCACACACACGCACACGCACACACAUCGACCACACACGCACGCACACGCUCAAGGCACGUUUCACACACACACAAAUUGCACACACUAGAUAUUUCUACUUUGCUAUAUCGCGGCCCGAGCUGAUUGAUGAUGACUCGCCCA